UACUCUUCAGCGACUUGAUCUGUUCCAAAUAGUGAUGGAUAUAUACAUGUCAGUAUACAUGCGUCUAACUCUUAUGAUGAAAUUAUAUUUCUUAUAAAAGACUUAUUUACUGGUUAUUGAUCGACGACAUACUAAUUGAGAUUUUAUCAUGUUUGCAAUUGUAUUGAUACUAUCAACAAUCAUCGCUGUUAUAGCAUCUGACAAUAAUACAAGAGAAUAUGUUCUUGGGACUUUAUUUGAUGGCUAUGACCCAAAACUAACACCAGCAUUUUUUCAAGAUGGUCCGGUGAAUGAUGAAGUACAGAUAUAUAUAUCUAGCAUCGCAUCUAUCAGUGAAGCUACAAUGGAUUAUUCAAUGACGAUGUUUCUUAGACAAAGAUGGAUAGACACACGACUGAAGUAUGACCCUAUACCUGGAGUUACCUCUCUUGAGCUAGAUACAAAAGCUAUGGCCGAUGUAUGGAUUCCUGAUCUAUUCAUUGUGAACGAAAAGAAAGCUAAUUUCCAUGAUGUUACAACGCCAAAUAAACUGAUGCAUAUUUAUAGUAACGGAAAGAUCUUCUAUAGUUUAAGAUUAUCGGGAACAUUUUCUUGUAAGAUGAACCUUCUUAAGUAUCCGAUGGAUUCCCAAGUAUGUCUCUUUGUCAUGGAGAGUUACGGUCAAAGCACUGAGUUGCUUAAAAUAAUAUGGAAUGCAGUACCAGUUCAACGACAAGAAAAUUUGACAUUACCUGAAUUUUUGCUGGGUGAUAUUGAAACAUUUCAGUGUGAUAAAGCAUAUGUCGGCAUAACGUAUACUUGCAUAGGGAUGAACAUCCAUUUAAGUCGUAGCUAUGGUUACCAUCUUAUUCAGAUUUAUAUACCAAGUGCUCUCAUAGUUUGUCUAUCAUGGGUAUCAUUUUGGCUCAACAUUGACGCAACACCAGCCAGAAUAUCGCUCGGCUUAUUAACCGUUCUCACCAUGACAACACAGAGUUCCGGUGCACGUGCAAACUUACCAAAAGUUUCUUAUAUAAAGGCAAUAGAUGUUUGGAUGGCUAUGUGUUUGUUUUUUGUGUUUGCCGCUUUGAUUGAAUUUGCAUGGGUAAAUGUUCUUGCACGAGUGCAACAAAGACGACAAACUACAUACUUACAUGAGGUGCAAAAUGGUAAUCCAAAACCGCGCUCGCGUUCUUCUUCUACACACACAGAUUGUUCUGAUACGAAAAAAGAAACUUGUUGCUUUUGUUUUGAAACAUCAACAGACCGUGACAAAGCUCGACUGGUAGACAAAGGAGCUCGAAUCUUGUUUCCCUUAGCAUUCGUUGCCUUUAAUGUAACAUACUGGUGUAUAUAUCUGUUGUGGGAACCAGUGGAUUCAAAAGUAUGACAAAUUCAUAUUGACAUUUUUUUUUCAUAAUCAUUUGAUGGUGCAUGUAAUUGGUAUUGUCAACAUGUUUCAUAAUCAUACUUUUAAGCUAUAUUUGUACUCACGUGUAAAUUAUAAGGAAGUAUUGUAUGAACACCGAUGAAAUGAUAUUUACCGGGUGCUAUGUUUGACUGUUACAUCCUUACACAUGCUUUGACUGUCUGAAGUGUUAGUGCAAUAUAUUGCUAUUAUUACUUUACAAGCCCCACGAAACGUAUUUGAA